AUGCCAUUCUCAAGCAGGGCGUGUCAAACUUGUAAGAUCCGAAGGGUCAAGUGUGACGAAACCAAGCCGACAUGUCGGCGGUGCUCAGGGUCCGGGAAAAUAUGCAUCUUCGCCAGCGUGGUCGAGCAGCCCGGCUUUGUGUUCAACCUCGAGAAUGCCUACGCGAGUGGCAAGGUCAAACGACCGAGGGGCCCGCGAUCAUGCCUGACCUCGCUCCGCCCACGUUUCGACCUCGAAGCACGUGCCGUCGCGCACUAUCUCCAAGACCAUUUAGUUGUGUCAUAUGAUGUCCCAGACGUCGUCCAAAGCCUUUGUACGUACGUCGGCGCAUGGAAAGGCUCUGGGGUCAAGUCUACGAUGGUUGACCUGGCUCUAUCGGCCGCCUCACUCGCCGUCUUUUCGCGGGUCAAACAGCAUCCACAAGCUGGGGCUGAAGCAGCAGCCAAAUAUUCCGUCCUUCUGCAAUUGUUGAAAGAGCGCAUCACGGAUAUGGAGCUCGCGUCUUGGGACAAUUCCCAGGAGAUCGACGCCUGCUUGCUGACCAUGUUUCUCAUGGGCCGGUACGAGGCCGCGAUGCCGCCGACUAGUUCUACCGUGUCUGAGUCGCUACAGAGAUACUUCCACCAUGAAGGGGGUCUCGCCGUGUUGAAGGCCUGGGUACAGCGCCCAAAUUCACCCCGAGUAACACCCAUCGUCAAACUCGGCCGGAGAGGGCUGAUCAGAUCGUCUCUGCUUCGAAACAUCCCUUUACCGGAUUGGAUACUCGAGGGCGAGCGUUUCGGCGAGCAGGACCGUGAGAUGGUGUUUGACCGUGUUUUAGUCGGUGCGGUCAAUCUGCAUCAUGACACCGGGCUUCUUCUGCGGCGGAACGACGGACUAUCAUCGUCCGCGGUGUUGGCACUUCUAGGUCAGGCGCGAGGGUAUGACGAAUCACUACGCGACUGGGCCAAGUCAUUACCUCCGACAUGGUCCUAUCAGAGACACACUCUCACAGACCCCGGUCCAUGGCCCAAGCGACACUUCUACUCUCCGACAGCCUAUAGCUUCCAGACAGGAGGCCAAGCCAGCGUCUGGAGCCAAUACUUUGCCACGAGAAUGCUGAUCAACAGCACACGCCUCAAAUUACUUGACGUAGCUCGCCAACCUUCAUUCCUCGGCGCCCAAUACGGACAGAGCGAAUGGCUCGAAUCGUCGAUCCUUCUCAACUCCAUGGCAGACCGCUUGGCUUUUACCAUCCCAUUUGCACUGGGCAGACUCGAGGUGGCGCAAACCUCAGACGGGGAGACUCUAGUAACAGUAAACUCGGACAAGGACAUGAAGCCCUCUCUCGCGGCUCUGGUAGUGUGGCAAUUGACCCUCGCCGCGAGCAUUGAGCGAGUCGAUCUCAAGCAGCAGCGAUGGUUCCGUUCCGAGACCGCGCAGCUGGGGAGGAGGAUAGGAAACCACGUCCUUGAAUCUGCAGAAGCCGAUGGAUGGCUUGUCCUCUGA